GACAAACUUCGCAUGUCCUGGGAAUACACAUUGAUCUACAGCGGGCAAUCUAUUCACAUAGGAUCAAUGUCUUUGGCUGCGACAUAAUACUCUAUUCAGCAUCUUCUUAUACCGGCUCACGAUGUCAACUACUCUGUAAUUGACCUCCGACUUUCUGGGAUAUCAUUCCUAAGAUCAAUCUCUUGAACGUACAGCGAUAGAAACGCACCCCUCACUACCGACAAGAUGCUACGUCCACUAUCUCAACUAUUCCGGCUCCACUACCUCCAUACCAAUACACGAUCGAUGCGAGCAAAAUCACAUUCCACAUUCGUAAUACGGUGAAUUGGGUAUCACACGAACGCAUUGCUGAGUCGAACACAAGGGGUUACAGUCAGACCUAAUUCGGGGGUGCCUAUCACGACAUGGCGUCCAUUUUUACGUACGACCCAGAUCCGCCAAGGAUCUCCUCCCCAUGGUCUACACCCCGCGCAUCGACACCGCGAGACCCAGCAUCAAAUAUAUUCUUGCUAGCAAGCCAAGGCUCCUCAGCUAUAGUGGGAGAAUCAGGAUCCGGGGAAUUCGCAGAGCGAACAGAAAUAGAUCCAAGUGUUACAAAGCUCGAAGCUGAGCCGCAAGAGGGACCAACCGAAUACAAGUUACAUCUACUAUUGCGCCCGAGACGUUCGUUCGUACGAAACACCAGUCAGCAUGUUCCGGGGACCUACCGCGAACGGGCUGAAAGCUUGACACCCCCGGCGUUGGCAGCUCGCAGAGCGUCUGAUUCUGCGCUGACAGGUGAACAUAUGGUAGCGUCGCCUGCCUCGGUCGCAGCGUCCGUACAAGCCCGCCAACAUCGCCUAGAACAGCUGACAACCCAAUUAUUAUGGCGACUGCAACAGUCUUCCCCUUAUCACUCUUCGGCGGCAAACAACUUGGUCAUUCCUCAACUUCCUGAAUCGUCUUCGUCCCAGCUCGUCCCAGCUGCCACUCCCGGCAGUCUUGUACCGGGCUUAGAAGAAAGUAAAGGGGCACUUUACGAGAUCGGCGUCUCAGAUGAUGGCACGAUUGUGGGUCUUGCAGAGGACGAGCUUGAGGAAAGUCUCAUGAAUCUUCGAGCUAUGGCUGCUAGUCUUGGCUGCGUCGUACAAUUGUUGCGCAAAGCGACAGUUGGUGAAUGCAUGUGGUAUGAGACUGUGCGCAAUGGAGAUGAGGUACGCAGCGACCUGAGAUCUGGAAAAUUAUGGGUGGCCGAAGCGUUUGUCAAGCCGGCUGGUGUUCAGAUCACCACCAUUGAAGCCUCAUCUGCUACAUCUGCUUCAGCUCUCAGCAUCGCUGUGGACUCAAGCCUGACUAAUGGUCAUUCUCUGACCGAGCAACUUCGAGUCUCACUUACAGGGGCAACUAUGUCAGGCAAGUCAAGUCUACUGGGAAGUUUAUCGACUGCUACUUUAGACAAUGGCAGAGGAAAAAGUCGGCUUAGCCUGCUCAAACACAGGCAUGAGAUUGCCUCUGGGAUGACCAGUUCCAUAACCCAGGAGCUCGUAGGCUAUACAACCGAUGGUUUUGAGGAGGUUGCAUUCAUCGGGCCUGUGCAGGUCGUCAACUACGCCUCAGACAACGUUUCAGCGUGGACGGACAUACACGAGCGAUCGGCAAAUGGCCGACUGGCAUUUCUAUCUGAUUCUGCUGGACAUCCUCGGUAUCAUCGAACCACCUUGCGUGGUCUUGUUGGCUGGGCGCCUCACUGGACAUUCUUAUGUGUACCUGCAGACAACGUCGAAGAUACUUCUGGAAAGAGCGGAAGCACUCCUCCGCCUCAGGAGGUGCUGGGCACAAGCACGGUGGAUGUAGAUCUCUCUCAGGCCCAUUUAGAACUUUGCUUAAGACUUGGUCUACCUUUGGUGAUAGUAAUAACGAAGUUAGACUUGGCGUCGAAGCAAGGUCUCAGACAAACUCUGUCCAAGCUUUUGUCUACACUGAAAGCAGCCGGAAAGCGACCAAGCAUCGUUCCAGACACAGCCUCGGUGACUGCCGUGGCACAUCUCAAGAGCAUUCCCAUAAAAGACAUUGAUGCUGUCAGAAAAGUCAUAUUAGCUUGUGAGGACGACCCUUUAGCUACUGUUCCCAUUAUUAUGACUAGUGCGGUCAAAGGCACUGGUAUUGGGAAACUUCACGCUCUUCUACGUAAGCUUCCCAUUAGACCCGCUGAUCAAGUCCAACAUGAUCGAAGCUCAACAAGCAGAGGUCCAAUCCCCUUGUUCAAUAUAGAAGAUGUGUACAAUAAGGCAGUAUCGAACACUCCCGGCUCCGUGACCUCGGUCACCCGGAGUUUUAUAGUAAGCGGCUACCUUCGUACCGGUACGUUCCGUUUAGGCGACGAGCUAUACCUUGGGCCAUUCGCGACGGAGCAGAUUGAAGAACAUAGUCCAGAUAAAACUGACAGCCUGAGUUCGCCUCGCCAGCCGCACAAUGGAGGCCUCAGCGACGUCCAGAGCUCGCGAUCAUUUCCCGGGGCGCUCCGUAAGUCGGCCACACUCCGUGCUCGCUGCGGGUCAUGUGUUCCUUGGCUUCGUGUCCGCAUUGUAUCGCUCCGUAAUCUCCGACUUCCAGUCCGGAUUUUACAUCAAGACCAAGUUGGCACUAUUGGUAUCGAGCCUGUGUUUCCGGAAGAGCCCAUCAGCGCCUCGGAAAUGUCGAGGGUCAGGAAAGGAAUGGUCUUGACUGGCGCUGGCGAAGGCGGUGCACCCACACCAACGAGAGUAUUUGAUGUGUUCUUCAGGCAUCAGGUCAGUGGAAUGAGUAUAGGAACAGUCGUCGUGGUCUACAUUGCAAGUGUACGGGCUAGCGCCAAAGUCGUCGCCGUCUCCAAGUCUGCAGGAUUGCGCGAAGACAUCUCUAGACGGGGACUCGACGAAGAGGACAGUUUCGGCUUCGGCUUUGACCAUGAUGAGUCAGUGAGCGAUGAAGCCAAAACUCAAUCUACUAUGAUCUCGUUUCAGUUUCUAGCUUCGAGAGAAUUCGUUGAACCUGGCGCGCAGGUGCUCGUUAUGCCUGGCGGUGGUCCUGGUUUGACUAGCGGCACUGAGCGCGGAGAGAAAGGAGUUGCUGGACUCGAGGGGUUUGUGGGUAGAAUAUGCUAGUUACACGAUUGACUGUAGGUUCGAUGAGUUAGUUUUCGGAUUCUCAACUGCUUAAUAUGAACGACCCUUGCAAGCUCUGCGGAGAUAAUCUC